AUGCUGGAGGAUGAUGGUGUUCUAAUAACAGAUGCUCCUGAUGACGAGGGCUCUGAUGCCCCCCAUCAAUCGUACAACUUUGCUCCUGGUUCUAAUGGCGUUGUUUGUACGGCUGGUACACAUUGCCGCGACGCACAGCCAACAACCGGUGACUCUCAUACCCCAGACAGUGAACCCCUCCAAGCAAAAAAAGACCUGCAGGAGCAUGGUGGCGAGGAAGUCGAGUUCAAGCUUCAAUCAAUGAACUGGGGAAUUGUGCCUUCAUGGUCGAGUAAGAAUACUACCUCAACUCCAAAGGCCAUCAACUGCAGAGAUGAUUCUCUGAGAACACCCGGUGGCAUGUGGCAGUCAAUGAAAGCCCGUAAAAGAUGUAUCGUUGUAGCUCAGGGGUUCUUCGAGUGGCUUCAUGUGAGCCCUAAGGAGAAAGUUCCGCAUUUUGUCAAGCGCAGAGAUGGCCGCUUAAUGUGUUUUGCUGGCCUCUGGGACGCUAUUAAGCACGAAGACACUGGAGACAAACGUUAUACGUAUUCAAUCAUCACAACCAGUUCAAACCAACAGCUCCGAUUUCUGCACAAUCGCAUGCCAGUUAUCUUUGAUGCUGGCUCCAAGGACUUUCGGCAGUGGCUACAUCCACAGCAAACUCGAUGGACUCAAGAUCUACAGUCCCUACUGAAGCCCUACGAAGGAGACCUAGAUGUAUACCCAGUAUGUAAGGACGUCGGAAAAGUUGGUCGUAGCUCGCCAUCCUUCAUCUUACCGUUGAGUGACAAAGGCAAUGGGCGUGAUAUAGCCCGGUUUUUCCCCAACACCUCUCAGGAUUCGGAGCCAAAAGAACCGGCUGGGUUGGGUAAGCAUGAAAACGACGGUAAUCAACAUACCAGCAUUACCAAUGCCAAGCUCAGUACCGUUGAAAGAGCAGAGGCCAACAAAAAGCACAAGAUCUCUAACGCUUCUAACUCUACGUCAAAAAGGAGACAGGUUAAGCCAGGCCCCCAAGGCGUUAAGAAGAUAACGGAUUUCUUCAGCUGA